AUGCACCUGUUGACAAAGGAGGCUGUUCGUAAAAUCUGCAGACUAUUCCUAGAGGUCUCUGCGGCUUUACAAAAUGAAAAUGAGAAACUGAAGAUCAAGGUGGAGCAGAUGGAUAUAGAUCUGAAGGCGAUGGUUGAGAAGGGUGAGGGACGAGAAGAACCGAAAAGACCAACCCACAUUCUGCACAAUGGAAAGAUCUUUCAAAUUAAGCCAGUUGAUCUCUCAAUGAUGCCUGUUAACAAUGUGAAGACAAACACCGUGGUCUCAGCAUUGCUCAGCAUGGGAGAUGUCAGUCAAGUAAACACUGUCAUCGUACAGGAAGAGACUACUGCGAGAAAUACAGGCUCUAGCACCGACCCUGUGAAGGAGAGGAGUCAGGUGAAAUCAGGAACUAAAACGUCAGUCAUUAAAGGUGCUGCAGAGGCUUACAGUAAACCGAUAGACUUAUUCUCCUCUUCUCUCUGUGGAAGACUGGACUGUGGACUGAAUACAAAGCCUUCAUUUAGAGACACUGAAUCCAAGGGUGAACCUAUGAGAGCUGUUGUUCCAGAGGAAACAGACAGCGGGAGAGGCGGUCAUGAAAAGGAAACAAGCAGCCGUACUGGGACAGGAUCCAUAGAAUACAGCCAUGGAAUACAGCAGAGCAUUUUCACAGAAUACAGCCACGGAAUACAGCAGAGCAUUUCCACAGAAUACAGCCACGGAAUACAGCAGGGCAUUUCCACAGAAUACAGCCACAGAAUACAGCAGAGCAUUUCCACAGAAUACAGCCACAGAAUACAGCAGAGCAUUUUCACAGAAUACAGCAGAGCAUUUUCACAGAAAACAGCCACGGAAUACAGCAGUGCAUUUUCACAGAAUACAGCCACGGAAUACAGCAGAGCAUUUCCACAGAAAACAGCCACGGAAUACAGUAGAGCAUUUCCACAGAAUACAGCCACAGAAUACAGCAGAGCAUUUCCACAGAAUACAGCCACAGAAUACAGCAGAGCAUUUUCACAGAAUACAGCCACAGAAUACAGCAGAGCAUUUUCACAGAAUACAGCCACGGAAUACAGCAGAGCAUUUCCAAGCCGAGGAAACCCUUCAAGUGUGACAUAUGUGAGAAGACCUUCCACGCGAACUGUCUGUUGAAACGCCAUAUAGCAGUUCACAA